AUGACAACCGAGGAGCGCCAAGCUCUGGAAGCUCUCAGAGACCCACCAACUAACCCACCUAACAUUGCUGAGGACUCCGAUGAUUUCAAUCUCGGCGACAUCUGGGAUGGUACUGAUGCACUCCCCAUUAGCCACGCUGGCGGAGAGUUCAGAGACCUGGCGAGAGCAACUGACACGCACAUCAGAAAGGAUCAAGAUGGUGCUCACAGGGUUCAACGUGUCGACAAUCGCACACGGCGUGAUCGUGUUCUGCGAAGAAAUCUUGCUUUCAACGAGCAAAUACAAAUAAUGAGCGAAUCAUACCUUAUAUGGAGCCUGGAGAAAUCGCAAAAGGGCUUCAAGAGUUUUUAUGAUCGCCUACGCAGCGAAGAGACUGAGGUGACCGAUUUGAAUGGUGGCCAAUGGCCAGUGACAGUAGUAGACGCGUUCUUUGCUGAGAAAUUUGUACUGAAAAUAUCAUCGACGGACCGUACAAUUGCUUCUGCACUUGUUCGUCAAGGCGUCAUGCCCUGCUCCCCGAUAUCACCGGUGGCGGGCAUAACAUUAGAAGCCCUUGAGUUAUAUCGGGUGGCGCACCUCAGGAACCCUCACUUGUCAAUCCAAGCCUUUGUCAAAACGAUAUGCGAUUUACACGGGGUGGAAUUCCAUCGGCACAUCUCACGUCAAUUUUCAAUUGCACUUGACAUAUAUCUUCAAAUCAGACGGGUUGUGGCCUCGCUCAUCAACAAAUCCCUCCGACGCGACUCGCCUGACUGGCGCCUCAAACAUGCAUGCCCUGCAUGCACUUACACGCUAACUGACGAAGAGAAGCUACACUUCAAGAUUCUCUAUGCUAUGGACGGGAACGACUCAUUGAAACGAAUUCUGCGACGCUCGCUUGAUGACGACGAUGACUCUCUUGGUCUAUCGUCCGAACUUCCCACUGGCCAGGUACUCGUUAGUGACCGUUACCUAUCUCGUAACUUUGUAGAGCAGUUUGCACAGGAUACGCCAUGUGAUACGGGAGCCAAUAGUCUGGCAGAGAACUCAUGCGAAGGCCGGUGGAAAAAUAUGGACGAUGCGAAGACAAAAAAAGCUUGGGGUAUUUAUGACGAAACUGGUGUCUUCGUCGCCGUAUGCCGCCACGGCUUUUGUUUACUUAUCGCAGACAUGGUGCAGAGCGGGGAGCGUGCAAAAUACCCCUUGGCUAUUGUUGCCAAGCUGCUAGAUGCAUUUGGCGACGAUUUGGGCGGUGGCUAUGACAUCGGCUGUCAGUUUCAGACUACUCUUGACAACAGCUCUCUUGGUCCCCUGGCGCGCUCAUUACGUCAUAGUUGCCUGGUUGGCGCGUUUCACGGACAUGCGCACAGGCGGUUAUGUCAGCUUUUUUCAUUAACAACUUACAUCAAAGGCAUUGGUAUCGAAGAUCUGGAGACUUGUGAGCGGACGUUCUCCAAGUCAAACUCCCUUGCAUCGGCUCUACGGUAUACUAGCGUUUUCCAUCGUCAACAGGCUAUCGAUUCAUAUUUCGAGCAUAACGACGAGCUCGAGGUAUAUGGCAAUCUUUCAAAUUUCUUGCAUGGUAACUACAAACAAGCUCUCGAGAUCAUCGCCAAUGGCGAAGCUGUCCUACCGAAGGUUAUGCAAGAGCUCAAAGUCGAAGACGAGAGCGUCUUUGAAUGUUGGCUCGAAGACGAGAAAAUCUACCUUAAGGGUCUAACACGAGAGCCUGAAGAAGAGACACUUCAAAUGGAGUACUGGCAGAGAUUAGUCAAUCUUAGUGCAAGCAAAGUUGCUCUUGACGCAGGAAUGAACAUGUUCGGAACGCACAAUACUCCAUCAUACGGCGCAGACAUUGGAAACACACGCAAGGUUGAAAGCACGCGGCGCCACGCUCUCGAGGACUAUGAGAGAAACCUGAAGUUGGUUCAGUUAUUAGAAUGCAAACUCGGUAUCAUCGCUCGCUGGGUUCCAGAAGAUGAAGAAUGGCAGAAGGCAGGGAGACUCGUAGCUAAUAGAAAGUAUCAACGUGCCUUGGACCGUUUGGAAGGUUUGGUCGUGGCUCGCAUUUUCGAACUUGCGAAGAUGAAUAGGGCGGGGACAGGUUACAAACUGCGAAAACAUAUUGCGAGGGCCUUGCAGACGCGCUCUGCCGCCAUCAGGUCCGCCCUCAACACAUACAACAACCUUGCCAGUGCGGUGUACCCUCCCCGGCAAAUACUCAAGUGGGAGGAUGUUGUCGAGUACGCCUUUCUCGCUGACUUCGAGCUGCUACGAAAGACGCGCUCCGAUGUCUCUCAAUUACCUUGGUCAUCACCAGCAGCUCGGAGUGGGAUGGAUCUUUAUUUUAAAAUGUGUCGAGCACGCGAGGAGAUUUGUCGUCUGAAUAUCGAGGUUCGCCGUCUAGUGACAUAUAUACGAGAUGAAGAUAAGUAUUUGCGGGUGUGCGAAGAUCGACUCACAGUUGCUAACCCUGCCCUUGCCCAUCAAAUCGCUAUACAUCGGAACAUUCGUGGCCGGUUCAACUCCCGCCAUAUCAAGCGGCUCAAUGAUAUCUCAAAGCUUCCCGGCUUCAAUGGUACACUCGUCCCUGGUCUAAGUGCUUGCACCGGUAUCGGGGAGAGUGCCAGCAUGCCAGAUCCUCUGAUUCCCGCCAACGUGUUUGCUGCCCAUAUACCUGCACACAACCCUUCAUCCCCUAUAGGUGCGGAUACUCAAGAGGAUUUAGAUGAGGAGGAGAUCGCAGAGGAGGUCGCAGAAGAAGCCUCGAGGAGUUUGCAGGACAUUAUCACCAUCACCGCUGACUUCUCACAGCUCCAGGUUGUUGACAAUGGUGAAGUAGAGGAGUAG